UGUGUCACCUGACUUUAGCUCAUGAUCUACAGACACAGCAGGAAGACAAACCAGUUCAGAUCCCAGCUAUUUCAUCGACAUUUUAUUAAAGCACGCUAUGGCAGGACGGGGCAAACUAAUCGCAGUCAUAGGAGAUGAAGAUACGUGUACUGGCUUCCUGCUGGGAGGAAUCGGAGAGCUGAACAAAAACCGCAAACCGAAUUUCUUGGUAGUGGAGAAGGACACCAGCAUCACGGAGAUAGAGGAGACCUUCAAGAGUUUUCUGACUCGCAACGAUAUUGGUAUCAUCCUUAUCAACCAGUUCAUUGCUGAGAUGAUCCGGCAUGCAAUAGACGCUCAUAUGCAGUCCAUCCCUGCUGUGUUGGAGAUCCCUUCUAAAGAGCAUCCUUAUGACGCUUCCAAAGACUCGAUCCUGCGCAGGGCUAAGGGCAUGUUUUCUGCCGAGGAUUUCCGAUAACUGUUCUGACAUUGUCAAGCCACUAAAGCAUAUAAAUGUUAAUGUGGAUGUUGUUCAGUGUCUCCCUUUCCCUUAUAUUUAAACAAGUGGGAUGUGUACUUUUGUGAUCAAGAACAAAAAAUAGAUAUGUGCUACAUUACAACAGUUCUGUAUCUGUGUUGUGAACUUGAAAGGAGUUUUUUGUGUCAAUGCAAAAUAAAUAGAAAACCGAG